AUGUUUAAUUUAUUUAUUAAUGUUUCAAAAGUUAUUACAAUAGCAGGUAUGGAUACUAAAAUUAUAAAUCAAUGUCAUUCGAAUGAAUCUUGUGAUGGUAUCUUAGGUAAAAAAAGUUUUGAGAUUGUGGUUUAA